UUGACGCAACGACCGAUAAAGCCAAUCUAACCAGAGACGACCAAGAGAACAGUACAAACAGAGGAACGAGAAAAUGGGGAAAAAAUUGAAAAAAGUGACGUUACGAUAAUUACCAAGCAGGAGUCCAACGUCUACAGACUCUUGAAAAAAUAAGGCAUCUAGAUAAUACACGAUAACAAUAUGCUUCCCGGCUGUCCUGCUGAUUAUCGGUUGUCCACUGCUUUUGCUCUGCGCAAUGACAUCAAGUUUCCCUGCCCGAAAUGCUCCAGCAUCUUCAACCGCAAGAAUAAUCUGUACAACCAUUUGAAAUUCGAGUGCGGACAGUCACCGAGGUUCAGCUGUCCGUAUUGCGAUUACUUGUCGAAAAAGACUUCAAACGUUCAUGCGCACGUUCGUAGAAAACAUUUCGGUUGCGAGGUCUACGUCGUAGACGUGUUUAGGACAAUCGUGAAUUAAUAAUACGGAAAGUAUAUCAUCUUGGUGUCUAUUUAUUUGGCAUCCAUAUUUUACACGAGUCUUUAAGAGAACUGCCGUUUGGUUGUACGGUAUUUAGAUUUUAUUUAGAACCCCGUUAGACGCGUGUCAGCGAGACGUCUUAAGGACGUAUUAUGUAAGCUGUCACAAUAGGUAGACCACGAUGUUCAGUCAGUCUAGCAUUCAAAAGACGUCUUAGGGAUGUCUUGCUGCGUCAAAGAGGCAGAAAAUAGUGACAAACUGAAUCGACCAGUUGGAUUACCGUGAUAGGGCCAAAGUUUCGAUUUUUUAAAAAUAAGUUUUUCAUUAUGAAAUUUAAAUAAUAAAAGAUGUUACUUUAUUGUAUUACGUUUCACUGAGUAUCUUAAUUCUUUAUUGAUAAAACUGAUUCUUGUAUUUUUCGAAAUCUUCAACAUGAUUUUCAUUCAUGGACUCUAGUCACUCAUGAUAUUCGAACGUUCUAUGUUUCAGGAACGAAUUUACCUAUUCGGGUUACACAGAGAUUCACGAAAUCUCCAGGAUACUUCCUUCUGUCGCUACGUAGACUUCACCACUUUCCAAGCAACUGCAGUCGGUGGAUUGGUCCUGUCAAAAUCGAUACAAGGGGAAAACAUAAAACAUGCUUGUGCAAAUUGUCCGAGUGUUUUUAAUCAGAGACACAAUUUACGUCAUCACAUAAAAUUCCAAUGUGGUCAAUUACCCAGAUUUAAUUGUCCUUAUUGUCAUUAUCGUACUAGACACUCUUCCAAUGCUCGCGCCCACAUAAGAAGGAAGCAUCCAGGAAGUAAGGUUUAUGCAAUCGAUGUAUCGCAAAUUCUCGACUGAACGAUUGUCAAUGUGAAAAGAGGAGAAACGCAAGAGAAUAAAAUAAAAAAAUAAAAGACUUUGUAAAUUAUUAGAUUUA